AAGGGAGAAAGCAGACAAAUAAAAAGGUUGAUGGUGAAGUGAAAGUUGGCUCCUAUAAAGGGAUAAACACAGGUAUUAGAUGGUGGAGUUCCAAUCAGCUUCAAGUGUUUUGUUGUGUCUUUGUGUUGUGUGUUGUGUGUCAGCAAAACCAAACCAACACCAUCUCUCUCUCAUCUUUUUCUCCACUUAUUAAAAACCCAAAAGCGUUUCUAGUGAGUACUCCUUUCUUAUGUAGUACCAUCUUCUGCUCCCCCUUCUGAGAAAAUAAAAAACCACCACCUCAUGGAUGCUACCAGGGAGGAGCUAGACUCUCUAAACCUGAGCCUAGAGCAUUACAACGUGGACGCAGAAGAAGAAGACUAUGACCAAAAAGCAGAAGAGGAAGGUAUAAAGCUCGACCUUAUGCUAGCAGAAUAUGAUUAUAGUCAACCACAGCUCAAUCAAGAACUCAACCUCAUCGACGGAUUAGACACGAGUGUAGCCACUACUCCGAGUUAUAAAGGGUCAACUUCCACUGAGCAGAAGCUCUUCUCAUGCAACUACUGUCAAAGAACGUUCUACAGCUCACAGGCACUAGGUGGUCACCAAAACGCUCACAAAAGAGAGAGGACUUUGGCAAAGAGAGGGAAGCAGAUGGAAGCUUUCGGAUAUCCUUAUGGUUUUGCUCCUGUCCCGUUCCAAGGACAGUACAGUAACAGAUCCUUGGGGAUUCAGGCACAUUCAAUGAGUCAUAAGGUAAGUUCAUACAACGCCUUUGGUGCUGGUGAGUAUGGUCAGUUCAAUUGGUCAAGGAUACCACUUGUUCAGCAACCAGCCAUAGGUAGACUACCUUCAACAGAGAGUCAUCAUCAUCAGAUGAUGAUGACUACUCCAUCGUUGACUUCAACAAGUGAAAACUUCGGUAGGUUCAAUGCAGGAAUGAUUCCAGUAGAUUCUGAAGAAGAGCAGCAGAAGAACCUUGACUUGUCUCUCAAACUCUGAUAUUCUUGUUCUUUGGAUUGUUUUUCAUUGUGCUGGUUUUUUUGUGUCAUUGAUAUGUUCACCAGUAUUAUCCAAGUGUUAGUAAAGUAUUCUUGUGAGUAAUAUUUGGUCUAGCAUAAAAUUAUGUUGUAAAUGUUUCCAUAUUUCUACAAGUAUGAGGGUUUUUCAGCUAGACAACAAUGGAUUUAU